AUGGAACACACCCCUCAACAGCGGGCCAGACCUGAGUCCAUCGCUGCUCGCAACUUCUCGGAUGACCUGGAUUCUCUAUUUGGCUUGAACUCGGGCACCACUCUCGGCAACCUCUCAUUCACCGUCCAAGAGAAGAAGCGCACAGUAUCAACCCGAGAAGAAGAACUCGCAGAAAUCGAAGCACGCCUACGCGAGACGGAAGAACGUCUAGCACGAGCUGCCAACAGUCCCGACCACGAAAUCACUCCACACCAAGCUGCAUCAGGCGCUCAGCCAUCCUAUGCUUCGAGAGAAGCUGCUCCUAGACAACCCUCUGGCUACCAAUCGUACCCCGAACAAGCAUACCAGCAGAGGCCACCAAACAACAGAGAAGAGUCCUUCCAACCCCACAUUCCUGGUGCCAUGCCCAAGACACCUACACCAAACUAUGGUCAAGGGCAGGACUAUGUGACAGUCGAUCGCACCAGAUGA